AACAAGAUGGCGGCGCCCAGCGGAGCGGAGGCCGCGCUCCGGGUUUGCCGAGGCUGACUCUCGCUCCCGCGCUCCCCUCGGGUGCCACUCGCCGCGAGCGGGGGGACAGGGGCCGGGCGGGGACAGGGGCCCUUGCGGGGCUGGACCGCGAGCCCGCGCCCAGCCUGCGCCGCCCCCACCCGGCCCCGACCCGGCCCUUCCGGACGCCGUCCCAUCCUUGCGGGUCUCCUCCGGGUCUGACCCGUGGCCGGCCCGGCCGCGAUCACCGCCCCGGGGCUCCUAAAGCUGCGGGGCUCCGUCCGGUCCGGGCUCGGCUGUCACGGCAGGGAUGUUUCACCUCUUGGCUCCCGAACGUUCCGCUUUCCAUGCCGGGCCGCCGCUCCCUCCUGUAGAAGUCGUCCGUGCAGCCCGCGUCUGUAGCCCUCGGGUGUCCCUGGGUUAGACGUUCGCAUCCCUUCCGCAUUCGCUCCGAUCUCGCCACAGUCGUGGCAACCUUGACCCCGCCGCCGCCGAGGCGCCAGCCUUCCUUUGGUCCUGACCUCCGCGGCCCUAUCAUGGAGGCUGUCUACCUGGUGGUGAAUGGGGUGGGCCUGAUGCUGGACUUGCUGACCUUGAUGUUGGAUCUCAACUUCCUGCUCGUGUCCUCCCUCCUGGCUACCCUGGCCUGGCUCUUGGCCUUCAUCUACAAUCUGCCACACACGGUACUGACCAGUCUUCUGCACUUGGGUCGAGGGGUCCUGCUUUCUUUGCUGGCCCUAGUUGAAGCGGUGGUCCGCUUUACCUUCGGGGGACUGCAGGCCUUGGGGACGCUCCUCUAUAGCUGCUGCUCCGGCUUGGAGAGCUUAAAGCUACUGGGGCACCUGGCCUCCCACGGAGCUCUGAGGAGCCGGGAGUUGCUGAAUAGGGGCAUCCUGAACAUGGUCUCCAAUGGCCAUGCUUUGCUGCGCCAGGCCUGUGACAUCUGUGCUAUUGCCAUGAGCCUGGUGGCCUAUGUGAUCAACAGUCUGGUCAACAUCUGCCUCAUCGGCACUCAGAACUUCUUCUCCCUGGUGCUGGCCCUGUGGGAUGCAGUGACGGGGCCUCUUUGGAGGAUGACGGACGUGGUGGCUGCUUUCCUCGCUCACAUCUCCAGCAGUGCUGUGGCCAUGGCUAUUCUCCUGUGGACCCCCUGCCAGCUAGCACUGGAGCUGUUGGCCUCCGCCGGCCGCCUGCUGGCCAGCUGUGUGGUUUUCCACCUCACUGGAUUGGUGUUGCUGGCUUGCGUGCUGGCAGUGAUUUUGAUUGUGUUGCACCCAGAACAAACCCUGAGGCUGGCCACCCAAGCUCUCGGCCAGCUUCACACCCACCCGUCCUACCACCGGCUUCGGGAGGAUAUCGUCCGGCUGUCUCGCCUUCCACUAGGUCUGGAGGCUUGGCGCAGAGUCUGGAGCCGCAGCCUACAACUGGCCAGCUGGCCAAAUCGGGGAGGAGCACCAGGAGCCCCCCAAGGUGUCCCCAGGAGGGUGUCCUCAGCCAGGAUCCAGCCACGGGACACUCCUCCUGAAGCAGAAGAGGAGGUCAUCAGAGCAGCCCCGGCCAGAGGCCGAGAGAGACUCAACGAGGACGAGCCUGCAACUGGGCAGGACCCGUGGAAGUUGCUGAAGGAGCAGGAAGAGCGGAAGAAGUGCGUUAUCUGCCAGGACCAGAGCAAGACGGUGCUGCUUCUGCCCUGCCGGCACCUGUGCCUGUGCCAGGCUUGCACCGAGAUCCUCAUGCGUCACCCGGUUUACCACCGCAACUGCCCGCUCUGCCGCCGCAGCAUCCUGCAGACCCUCAAUGUCUACCUCUGAAGACUCCCUGCCUGCCUGCCUGCCCAUCCUCUGCGCGCCACACACCGGGACGCCACACGCCGGGAUGGCAUCAACAUUUUGCCUCUGGGUUCUGGCCUGAGUCUUCUUUGUCCCCCGAAGGCGACUCUGCCAAGCCUCAAGCCAUAUAUCCAGGCUGUGUAGCUGGAAUACUCUGGAAGACUCCAGUCUGGGUGGGACAGAGUAACACUUUCUCUAAACCCUGUGUGGGGCCCUGAGAUGAUGAGGGUGGUGAGUAUGUCACUAUGCAAGGGCCCUGAGACUGUGGUGGGCUCUUCUGCUGCGCCUGCCAGGGCCCACUCAGAUGCCUGUCCUUCUCUGCUUCUGGCUCUUUUGUUGGAGUUUUUGGUCCUUUCCUCCAGGCCAUGCCAUGCCAUGCCACAUCAGUGUCGUUUGAGGAUUUUGGCAACUCAUGGGCCUUGGAGUGAUCUUGAUUCUUUUUUCUCUUUUUUGCUUUGUCUUGGUUUGCAAUGAUCUUGAACCUUUAUGUUCAGCCAGAGCCUCUGCCCUGGUAGGUCUGGGAGUAGAAACUCGCAGAUGCCCUUAGAGCCACUUCUGCCUGUCACUGUCUUUUAAAGACUCCCAACUUGACCAGGACCUGGGGUCAGGAGUUUAUCCCUGAGUACAGGGGUGCAGCUACACCUGGCUUUGGGCCCAUUCACCUUCAGGCACCCCAGCUCUAUGGGGAGCCUCAGAAGGACCAACCAGAUGUCUACUCAUUCCCUACCUGGCAUAGAACAUAGCAUUCCUCCUGGGCUUUCUCUGGCAGUGGAGAGGCCAUUCUGCACUUUUCCUAGGGUCCAAACAAGGGGCUGGGCCUCAGGGGUCAUAGCUCCAUUAAGUCUGUCAGACUGCCCCGUUUCUAUGAAUAAAGUUCCGUUGACAGCUCU